ACGCGAAAGGGCAUCUUGAUUCAUCGCUGCUAAUUAAUUGGGCCUCCAUAGGUGUAGAAGACUUCGCCAAGUCUUCCCUCAAGCUAAAUAGAGAAAGAAGAGAGGCUUCAUAGUUCGAUGGUUUCAUUGCCCUCAUAUCCAUAUUUUUUUCCGAUAUAAAAGGCGGAAGCGGAACUCAUAUCCAUCUAGAGCUAGCAUCGAUCCACUCAUAUCUAUCUCCCCUGAAGUGAGCGCUCCGUCCAUUAUUCGCGAACUGCAGAUAACAAUAUUCAUUUAUUUUGACGGACGGGAGAUUCGAGUUGGCGACUGUGCUCUUUUUCGAUGUUCCUCCUUUCAGGGGCGGGCUCAAGAAAGCAGAAAAAUGUUCAGCCAGGUUUCCAGCAAUUCAAGGCUUAUUCAGAUGGUGCUCAAAAUUGUGGUCCAUCUGAAAGGAAGGAGAUGGACAGAGAUAGUGGCGUAGGCAUGACAAUAGCUGCAGUAGCUACACUGUUACAGUCACUGAAGGAUUUCAGCCACACGUACCAGGCCAUGUCCCCUCUUGCCUGGGGCCUGGCUACGCCACUAGACAGAGACAAGCAACAAAAUAAUCCAGCUAAGGAAGAUCGUGAUUGCCUUAUUGCCUUAUUAUUGCUUCAGUAUGAGAAAGUCCACCCUUUUAUGGUUGAUAACAAUAUGCAGUUUGAAAUCACAGAGAUAACAGAAAAGGGUGGACUUUCUCAUACUGAAGCAGUCUACAAGCUAGUUUGUUUCAUGCAACUUGAUCAAACUGAACGGAAAAUGGACCUUGCCGAGCAAGCAAGGGUCGCCGAUAUUAUCACAGCUACAGAAAAUCCUACCUGCCUUAGCAGGUUUUUGCAACUAAGGGGCCAUUAUAUCUUGAACGAUUGGCUUCAAGAGACUCAGAAAGGGGAGUCUGCUGAAGGGGGUAGUCCUAAAGAAUCUGACAAACCUAUUAAAGAACUUGUCCUGGCCCUGAUUCGUGCACUAGCGAAAUUGCCUGUCAGUCUGACUGCCUUAAGAAGCUGCAGUAUUGGGAUAUCUAUCAAUCAUCUGUGCAGCCAUAAAGAUCUGGAGAUACAGAGGAAGGCUAAAUGUCUUCUUGAUUGCUGGAAGGAGCGUGUUGACCAUGAAACGAAGUGGACUGAUGUAAGCAACUUGAAGGACAAACCUCACGUCAAUAACCAGCAAAUGCUCCGCCGCAAAAGAAAAGAAAAACAGCGACAAACGAAGGUUGAGUUCGAGGGGGAAAAGAGGCCAAAGGUGUUUACCUUGGAGGAGGUUGCCAAGCACAACUUCAAGCACGACUGUUGGGUCCUCAUCGCCGGCAAGGUGUACGAUGUGACAAAGUUUCUCGUGGAUCACCCUGGAGGUGCCCAUGUCUUGCUGUCUUCAACUGCCAAGGAUGCAACCAACGACUUCGAAGACGCGGGACACAACUCCACAGCUCGGGCAAUGAUGGAUGAGUACUGCAUCGGUCAGAUUGACACAACCACAAUACCCCCCAAGCAAUCAAACUACGAGGCUUACAACACUGGAGAACACGAUGCUGGACAAUCCAGCCUAUCUUCAAAGAGCAUCAGCACCUUAUUGUCUUCUUCAGAAAAGACUGAUCAAGUAACAGAGCUUAAAGCCCUUUAGAGCGUAUUGAUUGGUGCAAAUGCAGAGCCAGCCAAGCUAUCAUAUCCAUUUAUAAAAUGCAUCACAAGAGAUUUCUCUCAAGAGAUCGGUCGUGGUGGGUUUGGAGUAGUUUACCUGGGUGAUCUUGGUACUGGGAAGGUUGCUGUGAAGAGACUUUCCAUAACAAUGGGUUUUUCUGACACGCUCUUUGUAGAUGAGAUUAAGUGUUUAAUAAGGACAGAACACCAUAAUAUAGUGAGAUUUCUAGGUUAUUGUGCGGAUACACACGGGGAAUUGGUGCCAUUCAAUGGAAGCUAUGUGCUAGCAGAGGUACCACAACGGUUGCUUUGCUUCGAGUAUGUCCCUAAUGGAAACCUUCA